AUGGACGAAGAAACCACCCCCUUCCCGAUUUCCGACUACGCAGAUCUCGACCUAAGCUUCACCAGUUUCACCUCCUCCUCCACCACCGUCACCGACCGCACCUUCACCACUUGCUGCUCCAGCGCCCGCUCCAGCUUAGCCCGCAGCAGCCUCACCCUCAGCUUCAACGAGUCCCGCCUCUCCACCACCUCCUCCACCGCCACGCCAACCGCCACAACUUCCCCCCUCAACCACCGCAAGUGGGACCCCCACUGGUCCGCCAUCAAAGCCGCCACCGCCCUCUCCUCCGACCGCACUCUCCACCUCUGCAACCUCAAGCUCCUCCGCCACCUCGGCACCGGCAACCUCGGCCGUGUCUUCCUCUGCCGCCUCCGCGACGACCACCGCGACAACUCUGACGCCGCCACCUUCGCCCUCAAGGUUGUCGACAAGGACUCCCUCACACCCAAGAAGCUCAGCCACGUCAGCACCGAGGCCGAGAUCCUCUCCAUGCUCGACCACCCUUUCCUUCCCACGCUCUACGCCCGCAUCGACGUCUCCCACUACACCUGCCUCCUCAUUGACUACUGCCCCAACGGAGACCUCCACAACCUCCUCCUCCGCCAGCCCCUCAACCGCCUCCCCCUCCCUGCAGUCCGCUUCUUCGCCGCCGAGGUCCUCAUCGCCCUCGAGUACCUCCACGCGUUGGGAGUCGUCUAUAGGGACCUGAAACCCGAAAACAUACUCUUGCGCGGGGACGGGCAUGUUAUGUUAUCAGACUUUGAUCUAUGCUUUAAAGCAGAUGUAAGCCCCGCCGUCCAACACCGUCGUGUUGAAAAGACGGGGCCCACGAGAAGAAAAAAUACUCACUCGUGUUUUGGUUCGAGGAGGGAGCACGAAGAGGAAAUGGUGGCGGAGUUCGUGGCGGAGCCCACGACUGCUUAUUCGAAAUCUUGCGUCGGGACCCACGAGUACCUGGCACCCGAGUUGAUCUCCGGUAACGGCCACGGCAACGGCGUCGAUUGGUGGGCUUUCGGGGUGUUUAUCUACGAGCUCCUCCACGGGACGACGCCGUUUAAAGGCGGGAGUAAAGAGAGCACGCUGCGCAAUAUAGCGGCGAGCAGCGGGGUGAGGUUCCACGUGGUGGAGGGAGAAGAGGAGGGAAUGAAGGAGGCGAGGGAUUUGAUUGAGAGGCUGUUGGUGAGGGACCUAGGGAGGAGGCUAGGAUGCGCCAAGGGGGCCACUGAGAUUAAACAGCACCCCUUUUUUGGUGGGAUUAAUUGGGCAUUGAUCCGGACUUACAGGCCGCCGGAGGUUAAUGGGCUUAGAAGAAGGCUCAGCAAGCCCCCUGGAAGCCCAGUGGCUGCGGCUUUGCAUAAGAGGAAAAAGUGCUGGUGGAAAGGACUUUGUCAUUUUGUGAAAACUAGAUGUAACAAGCAUAAUAACCACAGUAAUAGCAAUUACUACAAAUAUUAUGUGAGUAGUAAAAUGGUGAGGAAAAGUAGUCAAAUUUAA